UAUUGAUAAGUUUCCUUGCAAAGAUUCUGAAAGAACUCUUCCACCGACAUACCUGCGUGAGAAACAAAUGCACGAGGGAGACGCACAGAAAUUAUUGAGGAAUGGCUCUCUGAUCAUGCCCAGGAUAGCGCUCACCAUACAUAAAUACAACUAGAAAGUCAAUCUUAGCGAGCACAUGUCCACCUCUUAUCUCUCUAAUUGCAAAGCCUGUCAUUGUGCGAGUGAGAAAUCUGGGCCCUCCCUUGAAAGCCUCCUAAUCCCUACUCCCAUUCAAAGUGCUACCAUUUCAUUUCAUGCCCAACUCCCAACAAUACCAAAAUCUCCCUCAAGUAAUCAAAACCAAUUGUUUUAGGGAUGAACAGUGAGGAAUAUAAUGCAGCUCUGCAACAGAUCUCAUUAUAUUUGCUGGGCGACUCCUCCCCACCGACUGCACCGUCUGCUGGCAUUAACCCAGAUCUUAAAGAAACUUUAAUUUCAUCACAUGGUGGAGAACAGAUUCCUCACAAUAUGGAUAAAGGCGGCAACAGACAAACUGCAAAUGGCAGACAUUACAUAGGAGUGCGGCGCCGCCCUUGGGGAAAAUUUGCUGCAGAGAUCAGGGAUUCCAACAAGCAGGGGGCUCGCGUUUGGCUCGGUACUUUUGACACUGCAGAGGCAGCUGCUCUCGCAUAUGACUCUGCCGCUUUGAGAAUUAGAGGCGCAAAAGCUCUGCUAAACUUUCCUCUCAAUGUUUCAUCCUACCGGGCGUUGGGCUCAGGGUGUGAUCACAUGCACACCAAAAAGAGAGAUCCACAGGAAAAGGAAGUAGAUGAAAACAUGCCGCCAGAAAUGAAGAUUAAGAGACGUAAAUAAGUUGAAAUUCCAGUGUCUCGCUCAUCUUUGUGGUCUUGAAGCAAUGGCAAAUACGGUGAAGCUCAAGUCGUAAUUACAAUGUCGAUCUAAGCAGUAGAAGAAAAGUCCAUGGUGGAGUUUACUAUGUUGGUAAAUAGAUAGUAGCUUUUCCAUUUAAGGUAGAGCAUGAAAGAUGGAUUUCAUUGUAUUCUAUCUAAAUGUAGAUAGGAGUUUGGUAGUUGUGGAUGAAAUUAGAGAAUUCUGAAUAGAUUUUUUUGAUUCUGAAAUGUAUGGAUCUAAAUAUUUUUAAAUAGAAAACAUAUGUGGAUAGGUGCGUCGUCUCUUAUAUUAGACAUGAGUCUAUAUUCUAUAGGAAAAAUAUCUUGAGAUUUUUAUAGACAUUAUAUUCAAUAUAUAUUUUAUUA